AUGGCCAAGCUUGCCAAGGUUCUCGCCUCUGCCCUGGCUCUGGCCGGCUCUUCUGCCGCGACCUGGCCCCCCAACAGCAAGGACUGCACAACCACAGCUUCCGCUGCUGAUGGCUUCCCCACACCCAAUGCUGAGCAGCUGAGGGCCAUCUCGGAGAGAGCUGAUGGCUCUCUCUCAAACGCUCCUCCGCCAGCCACGCUUGCCGACAGCACCCUGCAGUCACUCCAAGUAAUCGCCUUCAACGAAGAAUUCGAGACUGCUUACUUCCAGUCCCUCCUUGCCAACGUUACGUUGGGCGUCCCCGGCUAUGAAUCGUGGAAGGGUUAUGGAAAGGCCGAGUUAGAGAAGAUUCUCAAAGUCAUCAUUGCUCAAGAAGAGCUCCACGCCCUCAAUGCACUCAACGCCUUGAACAAGUUCAAGAAGCUUGCUCCUCUGCCUUGCAAGUACCGCUUCCCGGUCACCAACAUCCAUGACGCCAUUGCCGUGGCGGAGGCCUUCACAGCCGUCGUCAUGGGCACACUUCAAGACGUGAGCCAGGCUGCCGCCGCUGCUGGAGAUGCAGGCAUUGUACGCGGCGUAGCAUCAGUCAUUGGUCAGGAGGGUGAGCAGAACGGCUUUUACCGGACUCUCCUCGGCGCCGUCCCCUCUGAGAAGCCAUUCCUGACGACCAAUGUCGGCCCGUUUGCAUUUUCCUUCCUCAACAACAACUUCAUUGUCCCCGGCUCAUGCCCCUUUGAUGUCAACGCUCUGGGUGUACCCAUCUUCACUCAGCUCAGCGUCGAGGGCGGUAGUGCUGCCCUUAACAUCCGUCCCGAGGACCAGUGGCUCAACUACAGCGCCGACCUAAGCUCAGUCAAGAACGCUGCCAAGUUCAGCAACGGCAAUGGCGAGGGUCUCUUCAUCACCUACUUCAGCGGCCAGCUGGUUCCGUUUAGCGUUCCCGUCAAAGACUUCAAGUGGAACGGCGGCAAGGUCACAUUCAAGGCCUUCUUCCCCUUUGACGACAACAUCAUGUUCGGCCUGUCCAUCGCUUCCUUGACUGAUGGCGGUAACUUUACCAAUCCUGAUGCCGUCCCUGCUGCCACGCUGGCUGCCCCUGCCAUCAUUAAUGUCAACGACGAGUUCUAA